AUAUGAUCGCAGUACUUAAUAGGGGCCUACAGUGACGGACGUUUCAGAAACAGACAUCAGUCGCUGGGCCAAUUGGAACUAUUUGAAGGCGCAAGAAAGAGAUCUAGAGCAUGCUUACCAGCACUGUCGUUCGCCUUGCGUCAAUAUUCAUCCAUGCAUUACUCGCGGCUGGCACGGACACAUACGACAGCGCCUGCAAUGCAAACCCGCUAACGACAUUCGACCUGACGAAGAUGAUGAACUGUGGUCUGAACGCCGAUGCGUACGCGAUUUGGAUGCCGCCAACUGAGUGCCCUUAUUGUCAACGCGACAGCAUCGACAGAUCGCCAAAAGGCGAGUUUACAUGCUACGCAACAAACUCGAACGCCGGCUGCAUCAUGACACCCUACACUUACGCUCCAGUCAAUGGUAAACACUACCUCGAGAGGGACAUUGGAAAUGGAAAGAAAGCCAGAUCUCUUAUCCUGGACACUGACAACUGCAAGUACCUGGUUCAGGUCGAGUGUUACCCAGAUGGAUCAGUGUGGCGGUACGUUACUUACAAGGCCUCGUGGACGCAAUCUGAGAUCGAUGCCUUCAAGAAAAAGGUUCAGAAAACAUCAUCCUUGUCCUUUCUGAGAUGCUUGACCUUCAAGUGCUCCGAGGGCAAACCGUGA